ACUAAUAAUUCCUUUAAAAAAAUAGGUAAAAGUAAAAGGUUAUCAGAAAAUAUUUGUCUUCGCCGAUGUGCCUCAAAAACAGAAAAAUACCUGCCUUUGUUUGUACCAUAUUGAUUUAAGCAAAAUAUUAUUUUAUACUACAUAGUGACAAUGUCCCUAGGAGCUGUACAUGUUAUAAAUCCACAAAAACAACUAUGCUCAGCAAUUGUGAUAUGUUUACAUGGAUCAGGUGACACUGGUCAGGGGUUUCUGGACUGGAUGAAGUUUCUAGUAGGAGAUUUUUCAUUGCCUCAUAUUAAAUUUUACUUUCCGACAGCUCCCCUUCGACCUUAUACACCACUGGGAGGAGAGAUGAGCAAUGUUUGGUUUGAUAGACACAGUAUAACACCGGAUGUACCAGAACAUACUGAAACUUUGGAUUCCAUUGGCAAAGUGAUGAAAGAAUUUAUUAAUAAAAUAAGCAAAAAUAACAAUGUUAGUCCAAAUAGAAUAAUUAUAGGUGGCUUCUCUAUGGGAGGAGCGCUAGCAUUACAUACAGCUUACAGGUUUAAUCCCGGUCUAGCUGGUGCCUUUACCAUGUCAUCCUUCUUAAACAAUGGAUCAGUUACACUAAAAGAACCCAAGUCUACAACUACUCCAUUGUACAUGUUUCACGGUGAUAAAGACACAAUGGUUCCGAUUUCUUGGGGUGAAAAAACGUUUCAGGACCUUCAGAAGAUCGGUAUAAAGGCCGAAUUUAUGCCGAUUAAAAACGCCAUGCAUGAGUUAAAGAAAAACGAAAUUUUACAUCUACUGGAAUGGAUUCAGAAGAUACUUCCAGAAGAACACAUUUGAAACUUUUUAGAAUAAAUAAAUACUUUUAAAAUUA